AUGAGCUGUUGGGUUAAUGAUGCUCUAAAAGCUCUAUCGAGGAUUAAAUCCAGGGACUUGGCCUGGUAUUUCUUCUCCGACAGAGGUAGUCGGUACCGCAACACUAACAAGCAGAGCCGGACUACACCUUCAGGUUAUUGGAAGAUCACCGGAAAGACUGCGCAGGUUAAAGAGCGAUCAUCAGGGAGUCAUCAUUCGAUCGGUUUUAAGAAGACUUUGGUUUUCUUAACCGGGAAGAGUCCACAUGGAGAGCGAACUAACUGGAUAAUGCAUGAGUACUCCAACCUCUCCUCUCCCGAAGAAAUUACGAGUCACGUGGUCUGCAAGGUGGAAUACACAGGCCCGGCGGACUCAUUGCAGAUUGCAGGAGAAUCUACAAGUGAGCGCACGGCGGAAUCACUGCAGAUUGCAGGAGAAUCUACAAGUGAGCGCCCGGCGAAAUCACUGCAGAUUGCUAAUGAAGAUGGCUACUCCGACUCGUAUUGGGAAGGUAAUACAAAUGAAGAUUGGGACACCUACCUGGUUUAA